AUGAAGCUUCCUCCGGCUGUUGUCUGUCUUCUCCUCGUCCUCGUCUUCUUUGAUGCUGCUCGUGUGGAGGGCCGAGGCACUCCUGCUCGGGGGUCGAGGAACCAAUGGUCCAGCAUGUUCGUCUUCGGCGACGACUUUGUGGACAACGGCAACCGUCCCAACAUCACCGGUGAAAAGACAUCGCGCCAAUGGAGCUACCCAUACGGCUCCUAUCUCAACUCUCAUUAUCCCACGUCUCCUGUUUUGACCGGACGCUUCUCCAACUACAGGAUGCAAUCAGAUUUUAUCGCAAGGAUGUUGGGUCUCCAUGAAGCCCCUCCAGCCUAUGCGCUCACAUCAGAUCAAUCUUGUGACUCAUCUGGCAUGACAUUCGCUUCUGGCGGCGCUGGUGUCUUCAAGGUGACAGCGAAGAGAAAAGUGCCGACCCUUGCUGCACAGGUACAAGCUUUCAAGAGUCUGGUGAACGAUGGGGUCAUCCCAACACGGCAGCUUCACCACUCCGUCGCGCUCAUCGCCAUCUCCGGCAAUGACUACAUGAGCGGCUCUGACGCCAAUAAUGGCUUCUACUCAAGCUUUGAUGAUCUCGAUACUUACGUUGGAAACGUGGCGACUGAGAUCCUAGAUAAUGUGGCGCAACUACAGAAGCUUGGUGUGAGGAAGGUGCUAGUAAACAACUUGCAUCCCAUUGGUUGCAUGCCUUUGCAUACUAGUUCGAGCAACUACACCACAUGCGACCUUCUCGGCAAUUACGGUGCAUCCGUGCACAACAAGUAUCUAAAGCAAAUGCUCGAAGAUAGGGACAACGUUCACAUACUGGACCUCUACACUGCCUUCACUGACAUCGUCAAUCAUGCCCCUGGUGGAGGGUCCAAGGAUUUCAAGCUCAAUCUGACCCCGUGCUGUGAGAGUACCUAUGAUGGAGGGUACUGUGGAGAGCGUAGCCAUUCAGGGAAGCGCUUGUACGAGCUAUGCGGAAAUCCUGACAAGAUGUUCUAUUGGGACCAGACACACCCGACGGAUGCUGGGUGGGAGGCUGUAAUGAAGGCGCUGCAACAGCCUUUGAUGGAGUUUCUCGAUGAAGAAUACGUUGCAUGA